UCCAUUUAUCUUAUCUCCUCCAAACGUCGCUCACUAAUCAAAAGCACUCUUCGUCCUCAGUAAUCUUGGUGUUCAGCUUCAUUGAUACCUCAACAUUUCACGCCCAAUCUCUCCAUCAUCCCAAGAUGUCAGCUUCUCCCACCAACCCAGCUGCAACAAUAACUUGUCUCUAUCCAAAAACUCCUAAUUUCUUCUUCAACGUCGACUACUAUCUUUCUACCCACAUACCACUCGCAAAAGAACUGUGGGGUCCGCUCGGGAUGACGGGUGUCUCCGUAGCUGAAGUGGACGGAGAGUCGGGAUAUGCGUACAACAUUACCAUCCAGUUCAAAGAUCUUGAGAGCUGGAAGGCGGUGCUGCAACAUGAGUCGAGCAAGCGGCUGGGUGAGGAUGGAAAGAAUUAUACGAACGUGGAGCCGGUGUUCAUCGCUUCGAAGAUCAUUGGGUGA